AUGGGUUUCAUCAAAGCAGAAAACCAGCCUGGCUUCGGCCCUGGCCCCGUCCACGUCAACCUCAACGAGCCUCAGUCCGGCCAGUUUGCGUUCCUCCCUUACAGCAACACCGGCUUCGACAAUGUCCACCCCAGCGAGCUUAACAAGCCUGGCACCAGCGAUGGCCGCGCCAAGGUUGCUCGCGCCUGUACAGAGUGCAAGUCGCGCAAGAUGCGUUGCGACGGCGGACUCCCCUUCUGCGGCCGUUGCAUCACCCACAGCCGCACCAAGUCGUGUGCAUACGUCGAUCCACCCAAGCGCUCGCCCAUCACCCGCCAGUACGUCAGCUCCCUCGAAGCACAGCUCGAGGAGGCCAAGAGGAAGAUCGCCGAACUCAACAAAUCCUCCAACAAGCCUGUCGACUUUCCCGGCGCACCGACGCGUCGACACACUCAGCCUUACUUGUCCAACCGCUCCUUGACCGGCGAGGACACUGCGCAGGUCUGCGGCUUUGCCCACGUCAAACCAUCUUCGCCCUCCAAGAAACGUCCUCGCGCUUCCAGCAGCGGCUUCGAUGAUGACCAAGACCAAGACAACGACGACUAUCUCAAUGCCGUCUCUGAGUCUGCUGAGAAGGAGUCCGCCGACGUCGCCGCCACCAAUCCCACCCAGGACGUCGACGCUCUUGGCGGAGGCAACUUUGUCAGCCUCACCAGCUGCAACGCUGCCCUUCAAAUCGCAUCGCAGUUGAGUCUCGGCAGGAAGACCGGCGCCACUGACAUUUCUUCCAUCGCUGGACACGACGCUGUUGCCAGCUCGACCACCAACCUCGAAGUCUCUUGUGAGGGCCUCGCUCGCGCCACGUCGUCGUCGAUGCCGGCCGAUCACCGCAACGCAGCCACCUUGCCCGACAACGUCAUUUUCGCCAGCUGGGAUUCAGACAGUCAGCGCUUCGCCGCCGAGCUCCUCGAGUCGUUCUUCGAAUACCACCUUCCCUCUUACCCCAUCCUCCACCCCGCCACCUUCCGCGCCCAGCUUCAAGGCACCUUGUGCCCUCCUCAGUCGGCCGCAUGGCCCAUGCUGGUCAACAUGGUGUUUGCCCUCGGCGCGCUCGAGCGCAGAACCUCGGCGGAAGAGGUGGACCUCGACACCCUCUUCUACGAGCGUGCCAAGCAGCUCUACAGUGCUGUCCUCUUCGACAAGGCCGAGAUCGUCUCGGUGCAGGCACUCACCUUGAUGGCCAGCUACUGUCAAAAGAAGAACCACUUCGCCGCCGCCUGGAUGGUGCUCGGCAGUGCGCUGCGCAUGGCCAUCUCGAUGGGUCUCUACUCCGAGUCUGCCCUCCAGGCCCGCGAUAUGCCCGCAUUUGAUCGCGAGUUUGGCCGUCGUCUGUGGUACACGCUCUUCACCAUGGAGGCGGAUACGUGCGUGAGCAUGGCUCGUCCCAACGCUCUGCUCUCGAUCAACGCGGACGUGGCUCCACCCCAGAACGUCGACGAGACGGCCAUGUCUCCGACGUCGGAGGAUCUGCCUGCUGCAGUGUCGGAGGCCACCAUCAGCUCGACGCUCGCCCUUCACGCCAAGUUUGCGUCCGAGAUCAGCAUGCCAUUGCAAGCUAGACUCAUGCGCGGAUCCAAUCCCUCGAUCGAGGAGGUGCGCGCAUUUGACCUCAGAACGGAAGAGUUCGUCGACAGCCUACCAGAAUACAUGGAUGAGAGCUAUGCCGGACCUCGCCCGGCGUCGUUCUCGGUGGCUUCGGCGCGGCUGCGGUGGAGGUGCAACAACUUCCGCAUGGUCAUGUUCCGUCCUUUCCUGCUCUCGAACGCGGUAGCCGCUGCUGCCGCUCGCUCUCGAGGCGAGCCGCGACCGGCACUGCGCCCGGCGGUCAAGCAGGCGAUCGCUUUGUGCCGAAGGAUGGCGAGCAGCAACAUCGAGUCCAUCUCGAGUUUCUGGGAUUCGCAUCCGCACAACCAGGCCAUGGCAUGGCACGCCAUCUACUUCCUGACGCAGAGCGCGCUCGUGCCGCUGGUAUCGCUGCUGGAUGAGCCGAGCGGCGAAGAGGCGCGCGAGUGGGUGAGCAUGUUGCAGACUUGCGUGCGCUUGCUCAUCGAUAUGGGCCGCAUCACGCCGAUCGGCGCCAAGUGCAAGGAUGCCAUCGAGAAGCUGGCAGGCGAUCUGCUGGCGCGCGAUGCCGAGGACGAGAGCGAGUCGAUGCUCCUGUCCAAGUGGAUGUCCGAGGCCGGAGCGUCGAGCGCGGAUGGUCAUGUGGACCCGCUCAUGUGGUCAUCGCAUCUCAUCGCUGCCGGCAGCACCGGCUCGGACGAGACCGGGUUCGGCGCUGUGGUCGGCCAUGCGACUGGACCUUCGCUGACAAUGUCGCUCGACAGCAACUCUUCGGAUGACAUGUCGGGCGCAUUCGACUUUGCUCGAGGUAUGGACGCGUCGCCGGGAGACCAUCGCUCAUCGAUCGCCGAGUCGAUUGACGCAUGGGCUGGCGCAGCGACGGCGCGACCUUCUACGGCUUCGCAAUGGUCCGAAAGCGGACCGUCGAGCCUGCCUGAGCGCGCUUUCCUGCUGCGCGAGAGGAUCGAUCAAUGGUUUGGUCCUCAAAAUUCGCACCAGCAGGCGAAUCGACACGAGGCGGGUGCAGCGUCGAUGCUGAGCUCGUCGGAGCCCGGGUCGAGCCACGGCGGCCACGCUUUGUCGGCACAGCCGCACCAAGCCGCGCACGCCGGAAUGGAUUGGCAGGCGGCGGCGGAUCCGACCAACUGGUGGAACGUCCAGUACCGUCAACCGGAAGCGUCGCAAUCGUCGGCAUUCAUGUUCAACGACAACACGCACAACGCUCACAACGAGCAUGGCGCUUUCGCUCCUUCUGGCCCGAUGCACUCGUCGCAGAUGCAAUCGCAUGGCCAGCCUCAUCCUCAGCCCUUCUUCUGA